AUGGCCGCGGCGGCGCUGGCGAACGGGGACGUGCGCGCCGGCGGCGGGGGCGCGGUGCCGCGGCCGACGAACCCGAUGGUCACGCCCCUGCUCACCGACCUCUACCAGUUCUCCAUGGCCUACGCCUACUGGAAGGCCGGCAAGCACCUCGACCGCGCCGUCUUUGAUCUUUACUUCCGGAAGAGCCCCUUUGCUGGUGAGUUCACCGUCUUUGGCGGCCUUGAAGAGUGUAUACGGUUUAUUGCCAACUUCAAGUUCAAAGAAGAGGAAAUCAAUUUUCUGCGGACUGCACUGCCUACAUGUGAGGAUGGCUUCUUUGAGUACCUCAGUUCGAUUGACUGCUCAGAUGUUGAGGUUUAUGCCAUCCCUGAGGGUUCUGCUGUGUUCCCUAAGGUUCCGCUGAUGAUAAUCGAAGGACCAGUUGCGGUUGUUCAACUUCUUGAAACUCCAUUUUUAAGUCUGGUGAACUAUGCUUCGUUGGUUACUACAAAUGCUGCAAGGCACCGCCUUGUAGCAGGAAAGCCAAAGAAUUUACUUGAAUUUGGACUUCGACGGGCUCAAGGGCCGGAUGGAGGAAUCAGUGCAUCAAGAUAUUCUUAUAUGGGAGGAUUUGAUGCAACAAGCAAUGUUGCAGCAGGAAGGUUGUUCGGGAUACCAAUACGUGGGACUCACUCACAUGCAUUUGUGAGCUCUUUCCUGGGUCUUGAUGAAAUCAUUGACAAAGCACUUUCUAGCUCUGAUGGUUCGAACAAAUGUGAAAAUUUUGUCUCUCUAGUGCAGAAUUGGCUGGUUAAGAUUCAGGAUGCUAGUUCAUUGCGUGGUUCCUUUGGCGAAACAAAUCAAAGUGAAUUGGCUGCAUUCACGUCAUAUGCACUGGCAUUUCCAAACUCCUUCCUGGCCCUGGUGGACACAUACGAUGUCAUGAGAAGCGGAGUGCCAAACUUCUGCGCUGUUGCUUUAGCCCUCAAUGAUAUGGGGUAUAAGGCAGUUGGAAUUAGGUUAGACUCUGGUGAUUUAGCAUAUCUGUCUAUCGAGACACGCAAGUUCUUCUGUGCAAUUGAAAAAGAAUUUGGGGUUGUUGGCUUUGGAAAAACAAAUAUUACAGCAAGCAAUGAUCUCAAUGAAGAAACAAUUGAUGCAUUGAACAAGCAGGGUCAUGAGGUAGACUCAUUUGGCAUUGGCACCUACCUAGUUACCUGCUAUGCACAAGCAGCACUUGGUUGUGUAUUCAAGUUAGUUGAAAUUAACAAACAGCCUCGUAUUAAACUCUCCGAAGAUGUCACAAAGGUAUCGAUACCAUGUAAAAAACGAUGCUACAGAUUGUAUGGAAAAGAAGGUUAUCCUUUAGUUGAUAUAAUGACCGGACAAGACGAGCCAAGCCCAAAGGUUGGUGAGAGGAUUCUGUGUCGUCACCCUUUCAUUGAGUCAAAGAGAGCUCAUGUUGUUCCACAGCAUGUCGAGGAGUUGUUGAAGUGCUACUGGCCUGGAAAUUCAUUUGAAAAGGACAUUGAUGCCAAUCUGUAUCCUCUUGUCAAUGCCGUAGCCGUACAAAGGGAGGAGCUGCCAUCCCUCAAUGAGAACAGGAGUCGGUGCAUGCGUCAGCUGGAACGGAUGAGGCCGGACCAUCUGAGGAAGUUAAAUCCAACACCAUACAAGGUGAGCGUGAGCGCCCAGCUCUACGAUUUCAUCCAUUUCCUGUGGCUCAACGAAGCUCCAGUCGGCGAACUUCAAUGA